AUGAGUAGCAUCCAAAAUAACAGAUCAACAAGGCGUUUUCGGGAAGCCUUGAAGCAAGGGAAAUGCCUCAUCAGACCCGGGGUCUUUGAUGGGAUCUCAACACGCGUUGCAAGCCAGAUCGGGUUCGACUUUCUGUACCUGGCCGGCAGCGGUGCCACAGGCUCCUGGGGCGGAUGGUCGCCAGAGCUACGUAUCAUCGCCGAUGCGGACACCGGUUUCGGCGGACCGCUCAACAUUUCUCGCACCGUGCGACAGUACGAGCACGCGGGAAUUGCGGGCCUCCACAUUGAGGAACAGGUCUUUCCCAAGCGGUGUGGCCAGCUCCAAGGCAAAGACGUCGUGGACCUGGAAGUCUUCAUUGAGCGCGUUCGCAGCGCGGUCGAGGCGCGCCAGGAUCCGGACUUUGUCAUCAUCGCGCGGACUGAUGCGCGGCAAGCUAAGAAGUUUGGCGGUCCAAAUGCCGGGUCUGAGGCCUUCCUUGAGGGAAUCAAGCGGCUCAAGGCUGCUGUAACUGCUGGGGCCGAUAUGGUCUUUAUGGAAUCCCCGCGCACCGAGGACGAGUGUCGGACCCUGGUCAAGGAGAUGGGAGAUGUGCCCGUUCUGAUCAAUGUCCUUCCAAAUGGCCUCACUCCCAACUUGAAUAUAUCAGAGUGCAAUCGGCUUGGCUUUCGGGCGGCGAUCUACCCUUGUACCGGGUUUAUUCCUGCGAUGCUGGCAAUGCAGCGGUCCUAUGGUGCUCUGAAAGCCACGGGAACGGACCUUGAAGCGUGCGAGGGUCAGACGAUCAAAGAUUUCUUCGACCAGGUUGGGUUGAGCGAGGCGUGGGAGUUUGAUGCUAGAAUUAGCAAUUCUAGCGAGAAGCAAACUGGAGGAAAAGCAGCUCAGGAGGAGAGUUGA